AAAAUGGUGGGACUGCUCCAAGUGUUGAUGUCCCUAAUUUUCGUGCGCUGUUUUUUUUUUCGACUAACGCGAAGGAUUCGCCGAUUAGAAGGGUUUACUUGUAGUCUAAAGAAAUGAUACACCAAGAUUAUUCGAAUUUACAAAGCUUUUGAAUGAUUGUUAGAGGAAACGCACAAGGUGUUGCAUUGGUUACUGUCCGACUAGGAAGUGUAUGACAAACUCUCCGCUUUAUUUAAAAUGCGUAUACUCCGGUUAAGACGGGUCUUUAUAUCAUCAUCUCUUGAUUAUAGUGAGAUUUUAUUCGUCUGAAAUGGUUAUAGGAACAUAAAUCGUUUUCAAUGCAUCCUCAAAGUUACGAUCAGUUUUCAGCCCGCUAUUUCUUCGAGUCCCAGACCCCCUUAAGCAUCAAUAUCUUCUAAAAAUAUCGUUGAUGUGAAGAAAAUUUUAAGAGUGAGAUUUUUAAUAAUUCAUAGGACAUCUGUUGCGAAAAUAAAAGUUUACUUUAUAAGCAAAAGAUUAAGAAAUAAAAACAACGCCGAGAUGUAAAGAGAUCGAGACACCUUUUCGCAUUGUGUGAAAAUUUUUAUUUUUUGGCGAAACACUGCACAAUUUUUAAGAGUUUUAUCUCAUUUAGUUUACGUGGUAAUUACCUCCUGUUAUUGUCUCUUAAUUGCACCGCAAACGAAUCAAACAGAGUUUUCUUCUCUAUGAUAUAACGCUUUCUUAAAAGGCAUGAACACUUUUGCCAUCUUCGGUAAUGAAACGAGAAAAACUCUGGCAGGGCUGAAACCAGAACAUUUGUACCGCUGAUAUUUUUGUUCUAUAAGGAAAUAUAUAGAAUUUCGAACAUCAGCUCAACUUUUUUCGGCAAAGAACUGUAGCUCUUGAAAGCUAUAUGUAAAGAGACGCUCUGUUAAGCGGCGAAAUAAGAUCACUAAGCGUUCGUCAAGACAUGAAAACAGCUAUCAGAGACAAGAUUUUCGAGACCUCAGGCGUGGGACAGGCACCAAGCAAAGACUUCUUUCAUUUAACUGUGACGAGAGAAUCGAUUAUCUGGCGCUCGUGGAGAAUAACUUUAAGAAGUAACAAGUCCUUGCCGGGCGAAACGACUCACUCGUGGGAUGAGUUCGUUAAUAAUUCCAAAGGUACACGGCUUCAGGGAGAAAUACGGCGAGUAUUUGGGGUCGAGACUUUAAAUAUUGUGCUCGCCAUGGUGACGCAAACCUGGUUACCUUAUUUGAAAAGCGAUAUUCUGACCGAAAUUCUUGUUCGACUCGAUCUUCGUGACAUCAUACGGCUUGCGCAGGUUUGCCGAGCUUUGUAUAACGCUUGUGUCAGUGACAUUUUAUGGCAAAAGCUUUACGUAAAACACUUCGUGAUCGUUCCAUCAGACGUACGGUCUGUGGCUGAAGAGUUCGGAUGGAAGAAGGCUUUUGUCGUAAAUCUGCAGAAACCAGUUCAAACGGUCAGAGCGUUAAGAAAAGUUCACACAAAACUGCAAGAGGAAAGUUCGAGGAAAACGCCAAAAGAAGAAGGAAAGAGGGUGGGGCCACUAAUGUCUAAUUAAUUGCACCUUCUUUCACAAUCAGGCACUAGAAUCAGAAGGUCUAUUGACUGACUCUACGCUUUAGGGUAACAUAAGUUAUUCAUUGCUUUAGAUUGACCCCUGGGUAUGAGUAAUGGUUAUACCUACCCCUUCCCUAGAGUACUAGGCAUAGUAUCAGGUGAUUGCGAAUCGGAAAAGUAUUUUCUUGUUUAGAUAUGGGAAUUAUUCACUCAUUGAUCUAUUAAUUCAUUUAUCUUGGGCUGUAUCGGUCUAAAAUCAAGGAAAGAUAGUUUACCAUUUUGAAAUGAAAUAGACAAUGCCUCUUAAGAGGCCUAGGGUGAAACCCGAAUUCAGCGAAAGUUAAGGUGACGUACUCUUGCAUUGAGCGGACACUUAUGCAAGUCCCGAGUUUUUUCUCUCAUAUUUGCUGAGAAAUUAACUCUAUUAAGUAGAGGCGGAGACCAAAAUUGAGCGCAGUUAUCACUUGGAAUCUGAAUUGGGCGGACAACGUAAUGAGAAUAUUAAUUUUGAUUUUCAUUCAUAAAAGUUCAAGAUUUCCUGUUUUGUUAGUUUU